AUGAAUAAUAAUGAAAAGAAUCAGUGGGAGAACUGCGUAAUUGCAGUGGGAGAGACAAACACAAUAACUGCCCAGCAACUGGCCUUCCAUGUAAUCAAGCCCCCAGUGGGACAGAUAUUAUGCCCCUGGGAGCUGCCAGCCAAUGAGAGGCUGGGAGCAGUGGCUGAUGCAACUAAUACGCCAAAGCCCAGUCAGAGGAUCCCUGGACAUCCUUUUCUUCUUCCAGAGUUGUGGGAGCUGAACAGGACCACAGUGUUCCAUGGGCCUCGUGGAUACCUUGACUUGCGAACACUUCUGUUAGACGAGUAUCAGGACCGUCUGUUUGUGGGAGGCAGAGACCUUGUGUAUUCACUCAGCUUAGAUCGCAUCGAUGAGGAUUAUCAAGAGGUUUAUUGGCCAGGCACAACAAGUCAAACUGAAGGAUGUAGAAUGAAAGGUAGAGACUCAAUGUCGGAAUGUGCAAAUUUUAUCCUUGUUCUUCAUUCAUACAAUCGGUCUCAUCUACUGGCUUGUGGAACAGGAGCCUUUGAUCCAGCCUGCGCCUUUAUCAGAGUGGGUCGCCGGGCAGAGGGCCGAAUUUUCAAGUUGGAAUCUCAACAGCUUGAGUAUGGCCGAAACAAAUGUCCCUUUGACCCAAGCAAGUCGUGUGUCUCGACUUUGGUUGACGAGCAGUUGUACAUUGGCCUGUACACUGACUUUUUUGGAGAAGAUCCUGCAAUAUUUCGAAGCUUGGGUUACCAAUCUACAACAAGAACAGAACAUGAUGAACGACUGCUGAAAGAACCCAAGUUUGUGGCAGCUCACCUGAUUGCUGAUAAUGAUGACAGAGAUGAUGACAAAGUGUACUUCUUCUUCACCGAGAAGGCCUUAGAAACUGAGGGAGGGAGCACUGUCAUCUACUCCAGGGUGGGGCGACUGUGUGCUAAUGACAUUGGAGGGCAACGAGUGUUAGUGAAUAAAUGGAGCACUUUCAUCAAAACCAGACUGCUCUGUGCGGUGAUGGGACCUAAUGGGAUUGACACACAUUUUGAUGAAAUGGAGGAUGUGUUUCUGUUGCAGACCAGAGACCAUAAAAACCCAGAAGUUUAUAUAUUGUUCAGGACAACAAGCAAUGUAUUCCAGGGGUUUGCUGUAUGUGUAUACCACAUGUCCGCUAUCCGAGAAGCAUUCAAUGGACCCUACGCACAUAAAGAGGGGCCUGAAUAUCACUGGGCAGCUUAUGAGGGUAAAGUGCCUUACCCAAGACCAGGCUGUUGUGCCAGUCAGAUUAAUGCACCUCCUGGAAUUAAAUAUCGCUCCACAAAGGAUUAUCCAGAUGAUGUCCUUCGUUUUGUGCGCAGUCAUCCCAUUAUGUACCAACCAGUCCAUCCUAUACGCAAGAGGCCUGUGUUGUUGAGAACAGAUGGGAAACACAACUUGAAGCAGCUUGUAGUUGACCGUGUUGAUGCUGAAGAUGGUGAAUAUGAUGUCCUGUUCAUCGGCACAGAUGCAGGAAUAGUGUUAAAAAUUAUUAUAAUUUACAAUCGAGAAACUGAAACAAUGGAGGAAGUAGUGUUAGAGGAGCUGCAAGUGUUUAAGGUGCCAACGCCAAUUAUCACCAUGGAACUUUCUGUUAAACGGCAAAAUGUAUAUAUUGGUUCAAAGUCAGGUGUUGCUCAGUUGAAGAUCCAUGAGUGUGAUAUGUAUGGCUCAGCUUGCACUGACUGCUGCCUGGCCAGAGACCCUUACUGUGCCUGGGAUGGUGUGUCCUGUACCAGGUAUUACCCACCUGGGACACCUGCUAAAAGGCGUUUCCGUAGGCAGGAUAUUCGACAUGGUGAUGCAAUCCAACAGUGCCUGGGCCAGCACAGGAACGAUGAGACACUAACAAAAACAAUGGAAAGACUAUUGUACGGCAUUGAGAAAAACAGCACCUUGCUGGAGUGUAGCCCCAGAUCCCCACAAGCUAAAGUGUUGUGGUUUGUGGAAACAAGAAACAUGAAACAAGAGGAGGUCAAAACAGAUGAUCGGGUGAUUAAAACAGACCUAGGAUUGCUGUUUCUCAGCCUUCACAGAAAGGACGCUGGAACGUAUGUCUGCAAAGCAAGAGAACAUGGCUUCAUCCAGACAGUGAUGAAAAUCAAACUGAAUGUUUUGGAAGAGGAGCAGGUUGACAGCAUAUUUCACAAAGAGAAUGAGGAGUGGCCCCGCAAAAUGCCAUGCCUGGUGCAACCUGGGAGCCAUCAAGGAACUAGGCCGUGGUACAAAGAAUUUCUCCAGCUGAUAGGUUACAGUAACUUCCAGAGAGUGGAGGAUUACUGUCAGAAAAUGUGGUGCAAUGAAAAGAAGAGAAAGAAAAACAAAGUAGCAGGGAGCAGGUGGAAGUACAGCAGCACACAGGAACAAAAAAUGAAAACCAGAGGCCUGCAGUCAGAACACCGGCGAACACCAAGGCAUGUUUUAGAUACAUGAGGAUCCAUAAACAUUCAAGCCUUUUUUUUUAAAAACGGAUGAUACAAUGGUGAUAAAACAUCAAAGAAAUGUUUUAGGAAACAUGUCUCCUGUUUACAAGACACAAAGCUAUUUGAUUCACAAUUGGAUUCAAAGCUCAAACUUGCAUUCACUCCACACGUAAAUAGGUGUGUGUGGCACUAGCGCUGGUAACAGUUCUUGCAACAUCAUGUGUAUGCUAUAGAGAUUAACAUGCUUCUUAAAAUUCAAGACCACUGUUGUACAUAAUUUCACUGAGAUUUUCAAUUAACCCCGAGUAGUUUGCAUAGUUAUCUCUUCCAUGCCACAGUUGUUCAUUCUCUAAUAGUUUAAGGUUUUUUCCUAUUA